UAAAAAUACUAAAGUAAUCCAAACCAGACGUAAAGACUCAAAACAAACUCGAUCCGUAAAUUGUAAAACUAGAACUACUGUCUACUUGACGACCUUGAAAAAAUUUUGAUUGACCUUUGUUUUGUUUUGAAUUUGAAGUAUUACUAAUCUGUGCUAUGAAUCUGUAGCUGUAGUUUAAUAAAAAAAAACUAAAUAACAUAACCUCAAAUAAAUAAAUUAAAGAAUUAAAAUUUUUAGAGUAUCUUACAAUAAAAGUUAUGGUGAUGUAUUAAAUUAUGACUCUAUUCCAUUCAUAAACCAAAUAAUAAACCCUACUCUGUUAGUGCGAGUAAUAUUAAAAUGGCAGAGAAUAAUACCGCAGAUGAUGAAAUAAAUCUUUUAGAACAAAGGCAUAAAAAGGAAAAGAAGGAGCUGCAGGCUCAAAUUCAGGGUUUGAAAAAGACAGCGAAAAAUGACAAGACUAAGAAAAAAGAACUUACUGCAGAGAUCGUAAGAUUAGAAUCAGAUUUAGAAGAGCGCCAUAGAAAAGAAACCGAGGAGUUACAGAAUGGUUGCAGCCGCGACUUGGCCGAACCAGAAGGAAGUGAUACGGAAAUAGACACCGGAGUUACAAAACAAAAGGUCUCGAAAGCACAAAAACGCAGAAACAAAAAGUUGCAACAAGAGAGAGAUCGGGAAAAAGAGAUAAGUCUGCAAGAACAAGAAAAUUUACAUGGCCCCAGGAAUAUGGAAAAUCAAGAAAUGUCGUCUAGGUUACAAGAAAGGAAGCUAAAGAUUUAUCCAAUACCUUCAGAUGGUGAUUGUUUGUAUAGGGCAGUGGCCCAUCAAUUAGAAACUAAAUAUAAUAUUAUUAAAUCUAUCAAUGAUUUAAGGAAUGAUGUGGCGACUUACAUUCAGGAUAAUAUAGAUGAAUUUAAGCAAUUUAUGUGUCACCCAGACACUGGUAUGAGUCUGUCAGAAAGUGAAUUUCAGGAGUACUGUAAUAAAAUAAGAAAUACUAAAGAAUGGGGUGGUCAAGUAGAGAUAAGGGCACUGUCAAAUUGUCUCAAGUGCCCUAUAACUGUCAUACAGGCAGCUGGACCUGUUGCAAUAGAACAAGGCACUGAAUUUUCAGGCUCUCCCUUGAUUAUUACAUACCAUAGACAUAUGUACAGUUUAGGUGAACACUACAACUCCACUCAAGUUUUAAAUGAAGAUGAUUAAUCAUAGUUCCUAGUUUUAUACAUAACUAGCAGAACCUCAUGGUUUUACCCACAUAGUUCCCAUUCCUGUGGGAAUAUGGGAAUAAAAUAUAGCCCAUGUUACUUCCUGAUAAUGUAGCUUUUUAUAGUUAAAAGAAUUUUUCAAAUCGGCCUAGUAUUUUUGAGUUAAUUACUAACAAAUUAUCUUCAAUUGCAUCAUCACUUACCAUCAGGUGAUCAUUGUAGUUAGUCUAGUAGUAGUUAACUUCUAGAGAAUUAAAAAAAAAGUUAGUGUCUAGGCAACUUAGAUUGUCUCAUCUGUCAGGCUUUUUAUAUUGGAAACAAAGAUGAAAAAUGCAAACUUAUACAAAAGUUCAUAAUAAAUUAUGUGAUAUCAUGUUUUUUUUAUUCUUGAAUAACAUUAAAAGUGUAAAGAUAAUGGUUGCCCUGCUGUUUCACUGUCAUAGUUCUAAUUCCUCUGGGAUUAUGUGGAUAAAACAAUGACAUUAUAUUGUACCCAAUAAAAUAUAAUCAGAGUUUCUUGUUGUUAAUGCUUUGCAGUUGUGAUAGAACUUUAAAACCAAUUUAGCAGUUUUGCUGACAAUGUGUAACAAACUUUAUGAAUGGAUUUGACAAGACUACUUUUACAAAAUUGUUAUCCUGUUCAGUGUAUCAAACCUUGCUGUUUGUUUAAUUAAAUGAUAAAUAUUCAUUGCCUUUUGUCAAUGCAUAAUCAAUAAACAAAUACUCUAAU